ACCAACUUGUGUGGCUAGAGGUGGUCUGGAGGUGAAUGGUAUUUUACAAACUCUCUUGGUUAUUGUCACCGUAGACUAGCCUACUAACUUUAGACAAUGCGUCGAACGUAGGUCAUAAACUAAAGCCUGCUAAUAUUUGAUGAAAUAACCUAAACUCCAACCCGCCAGAAAAGGAUGUUCCUUGUCUGUGUGCGGCUCAGCGAAGGUGUGCACGCGCCACAUAGCAACAGCAUCCCUUCGUCAGUGCGUCUCCGACAGAGGUAACUGUAACAGAGGGACAGCCCAUGAUGAGUUAAAUGGGCAUUUCAUAAUUCAGUUUCAGCAAUAACUGCUCAACAAAAGGAGUAAUGGAGUGGAGCACCAUGUAGACAGAGGCAGACUGAGGCCAACCAGAAUGGGACAGUGCACAUGGAGUGGUGCCGGUCUGCAGCCGUGCUGUUGAAUGCAGGUCGCCCGGAGCAGCUGAUCCUGCGCUCUCUAUCGCCUUCCCGGAGUUUCGCGCUGCUCGCCGCCCUCUGAAACCGCCAGGAGGAAACCUGCCUGCCUGCCUGCACUCAUACCCAACGCCUCUUCCACACAGAGGACUGGAUUUUCCCUCUCUUCCCUUCUUCUCUCUCUUCCUCUCUCUGCCUCUUUCUACAUAUUCUCUCAGCUUCUCUCCCCCCCCCCCCGCGUCUCCUCUGUGAUUAGCCACGCUGCCUGGUGGUGGCCCGCUUUGCCGGUCCUUGUCCCCAGUGAUUUUUUAUCAACAAUUCUCUUCAGCUCUGCAUCGAGCGACACUAAGCAAUACUUGCCGCUAUGGGGGACAUGACUAACAGUGAUUUUUACACCAAGAACCAAAGAAAUGAGGGCAACCAUGCCGAGGGCUUUGGCAUCUCGCUCAUGGAGCUACGCUCCCUUAUGGAACUGCGAGGCACGGAAGCCGUGGUCAAAAUCCAAGAGGACUAUGGGGGCACGGAGGGACUCUGCCAGAGGCUCAAGACAUCGCCAACGGAGGGUUUGGCAGGAGUUGCACCGGACUUAGAAAAGAGAAUAGAAGUGUAUGGACAAAAUCUUAUACCUCCAAAGAAGCCAAAAACAUUCUUACAGUUAGUAUGGGAAGCCCUUCAAGAUGUGACCCUCAUCAUCCUGGAAAUCGCCGCCUUGAUCUCACUGGGGCUGUCCUUCUACCAGCCCCCAGGGGAGGGGGCUGAGGGCUGUGGAUCAGCGGCUGCAGGGGCAGAGGAUGAGGGGGAAGCUGAAGCCGGCUGGAUAGAGGGUGCCGCCAUCUUGCUCUCAGUGGUGUGUGUGGUGCUGGUCACAGCUUUUAAUGACUGGAGCAAAGAGAAGCAGUUCCGUGGACUUCAGAGUCGCAUCGAGCAGGAACAAAAGUUCCAGGUGGUGCGUGGGAGCCAGGUCAUCCAACUGCCCGUCGCUGACAUCGUGGUCGGAGAUAUUGCCCAAAUCAAGUAUGGUGACCUGCUUCCUGCUGAUGGAGUGUUGAUACAGGGCAACGACCUAAAGAUUGAUGAGAGUUCUCUGACUGGCGAAUCAGACCACGUGCGGAAAGCUGCGGACAAAGAUCCCAUGCUUCUGUCUGGUACUCAUGUGAUGGAGGGCUCUGGGAGGAUGGUGGUGACUGCGGUGGGAGUGAACUCCCAGACGGGGAUCAUCUUCACCCUGCUGGGUGCCGGUGGAGAGGAGGAGGAGAAGAAGGAGAAGAAAGGUCAGACAGUUGAAGAUGGCCAACAGCUCACAGACUGCUCCCAUCCCUCCUCCCACCCCAUCGCAACUAUAGCCACCGAUGGUGCUGCAGGUGCAAAUGCCCCUGGUAACGCCAGCCUAGUCAAUGGUAAAAUGCAGGAUGGAAAUACGGAGAACAACCAGACAAAAGUGAAGAAGCAAGAUGGAGCUGCUGCGAUGGAGAUGCAACCCCUCAAGAGUGCGGAGGGAGGAGAGACUGACGAGAAAGAGAAGAAGAAAGCCAACGUCUCCAAGAAAGAGAAGUCCGUCCUGCAAGGAAAGCUGACCAAGCUGGCUGUUCAGAUCGGAAAAGCUGGUCUGGUGAUGUCUGCUAUUACGGUCAUCAUCCUGGUGCUAUACUUUGCUAUCGACAACUUUGUUCUUCAGAAGAGGCCGUGGAUGCCCGAGUGCACUCCCAUCUAUAUCCAGUACUUUGUGAAGUUCUUCAUCAUUGGUGUGACAGUGCUGGUAGUAGCUGUUCCUGAAGGCCUUCCACUGGCAGUCACCAUCUCCUUGGCCUACUCAGUCAAGAAAAUGAUGAAAGACAACAACUUGGUGAGGCACUUGGAUGCUUGUGAAACCAUGGGUAAUGCCACCGCCAUCUGCUCUGACAAGACGGGCACGCUGACGACCAAUCGCAUGACUGCAGUGCAGUGCUAUGUUGGAGACGUCCAUUACAAAGAGAUCCCCGACCCUGGCGCCAUCAAUGUGAAGACACUGGACAUUCUUGUUAACUCUAUAUCCAUCAACAGCGCCUACACCACCAAGAUUCUGCCCCCUGACAAAGAAGGUGGUCUCCCCAAGCAAGUUGGCAAUAAAACCGAAUGCGGCUUGUUGGGUUUGGUCCUGGAACUUAAACGAGACUACCAGACUGUUCGCAACCAGAUCCCCGAGGAGAAGCUCUACAAGGUCUACACCUUCAAUUCUGUCCGAAAGUCCAUGAGCACUGUGACCAAGCUCCCAGAUGGCAGCUUCCGCAUGUACAGCAAGGGGGCAUCUGAGAUUGUGCUCAAGAAGUGCUCUCGUAUCAUGAGUGAUGUUGGGGAGCCACGAGUAUUCAGGCCUCGGGACAGGGAUGAAAUGGUGAAGAAGGUGAUUGAGCCCAUGGCCUGUGACGGGCUGAGGACCAUCUGCGUGGCGUACCGUGACUUCCCUGCUGACCCUGAACCAAACUGGGAUGAUGAGAACGGCAUUCUGAGCGAGUUGACAGCAAUCUGCGUGGUUGGCAUUGAAGAUCCUGUUCGGCCUGAGGUGCCUGAUGCCAUCUUGAGGUGCCAGCGUGCAGGAAUCACUGUGCGCAUGGUCACUGGAGACAACAUCAACACAGCUCGUGCCAUCGCAAUCAAAUGUGGAAUCAUCCACCCUGGAGAGGACUUCCUCUGCAUCGAUGGAAAGGAGUUCAACAGGAGGAUCCGUAACGAGAAGGGAGAGGUGGAACAGGAGCGCAUUGAUAAGGUGUGGCCCAAACUGCGAGUGCUGGCCAGGUCCUCCCCCACUGACAAACACACACUGGUCAAAGGAAUCAUUGACAGCACAUUGGUAGACCAGAGACAGGUUGUCGCAGUAACAGGUGAUGGGACCAAUGAUGGGCCGGCCCUUAAGAAGGCAGAUGUGGGCUUUGCUAUGGGCAUCGCUGGGACAGACGUGGCCAAGGAGGCCUCGGACAUCAUCCUGACAGACGACAACUUCAGCAGUAUUGUGAAGGCGGUGAUGUGGGGGCGCAACGUCUACGACAGCAUCUCCAAGUUCCUGCAGUUCCAGCUGACUGUGAACGUGGUGGCCGUGAUCGUGGCUUUCACGGGGGCAUGCAUCACACAGGACUCUCCUCUGAAGGCUGUGCAGAUGCUGUGGGUGAACCUGAUCAUGGACACGUUUGCCUCCCUGGCCCUGGCCACAGAGCCGCCCACUGAGUCUCUCCUCAUGAGGAAGCCAUACGGCAGGGACAAGCCCCUCAUCUCCAGCACCAUGACCAAGAACAUCCUGGGCCACGGGAUCUAUCAGCUCACCAUCAUCUUCACUCUGCUCUUUGCAGGGGAACAGAUCUUUGACAUUGACAGUGGCCGCAAUGCCCCACUGCACUCCCCCCCUUCUGAGCACUACACAAUCAUCUUCAACACCUUUGUCAUGAUGCAACUCUUCAACGAAAUAAAUGCCCGUAAGAUCCAUGGCGAGAGGAAUGUGUUUGAUGGCAUCUUCAGAAACCCAAUCUUCUGCUCGAUCGUACUGGGAACCUUUGCCAUCCAGAUUGUGAUUGUGCAGUUUGGAGGAAAGCCAUUCAGCUGCUCCCCACUGGACUUGGAGAAGUGGAUGUGGUGUGUCUUUCUAGGGCUAGGAGAACUGGUCUGGGGUCAGGUCAUCUCCACAAUCCCCAAUAGUAAGCUGCGGUUCCUGAGAGGAGCAGGGCGGCUGACCCAGAAGGAUGAAAUGCCUGAGGAGGACAACAACGAUGACCAAGAGGAGAUUGACCACGCAGAGAGGGAACUGCGACGCGGACAGAUCCUCUGGUUCCGCGGCCUCAACCGCAUCCAGACACAGAUCCGUGUUGUGAAUGCAUUUCGUAGCUCUCUCUAUGAAGGCUUGGAAAAACCAGAUUCCAGACCCUCCAUUCACAAUUUCAUGACCCAUCCCGAGUUUAGAAUAGAAGACUCCACACCCCACAUCCCACUCAUAGAUGACACUGACAUCGACGACGAGGCCAGGAAGAACUUGGCUAGUCAGCCCUCUUCACCCAACAAGAACAACAACGCCAUUGACAGUGGCAUCAACCUCACCACCGACACAAGUAAAUCAGCUGCCUCCUCCAGUCCAGGCAGCCCCCUCCAUAGUUUGGAAACAUCCCUUUAGCCCUCAUC